AUGAUGAGGUAUUGUCUUGUGGCGCUGCUUGUGGCGCUUACUGCUGAUAAUGUUUAUGGACAGCAAGAAUUCGCCGCUCCACCCCUGCAAUCCGUCCCUUCUCCUCAACCAGAAAUAAUCCGUUUCGGAUCGGGCGAGCCAGUGCGCGCGAUAAAAGCCAAUCAGUUCCAAAUCGAGUUGCCCAAUAUCUAUGACCCAUUGCGGGAAGACCGUCCAAAACGUCAAAAUAAUAAUCAUGUAGGCUACAUUCGGCAUCCGACGUUUCAAGUUCCUCAACAGCAGCAACAAUUCCAGCAGUUCCGACCAGCCGGCAACGUCUAUAUCGCUCAGCCAAACCCUACCGUAGUCCGCCAGUACCCAUUCCAGCCGGCUCCAGUCUUCCGUCAAUAUUAUAUUCCUCAACAGUUCCAACACCAAGGACCACCACAAUUCAUCCCACAGCAACAACAGAGACCCCAACAAUACGUACAGUACCCCAGAUUUGAUCUACGUCCACAACCGGUCCGGCCAGUGCGUCCGGUAUACAUUAACACCACACCACGCCCAUUCUACACAGAGCGUCCACAGGCUUCAUAUGGAGAUGAGAUCGAGGACUCGAACUAUUUGAAUAGCCGCCUAACCCCUGCUCCAAUUGCUCCAACCUACUCUGAACGCCCCCCUCUCACCCAGGGAUACUCCGAACGUCCUCCUCCACCACCCACUCAAGCUCCAUACAUCGAACGUCCAGCUAGACCAGUGCUCCCAUCUCGCCGCCCCGCCCCCUACAUUGAGCCCGCCCGUCCAACGCCAUACAUUGAGCGGCCUGUUCCAGCGAGACCAGUUGUUCCAGCUCGCCCCGCCCCUUACAUAGAGCCCGCCCGUCCUGCUCCGUAUAUCGAGCGACCAGUUGCAACCCCGGCUCCAUACAUCGAGCCAACCACCGCCAGACCGCAACCAAGACCUCAACCGCCAAGAACUCGUCCGUACAUUGUGCCAACCACUCCGAGACCACGCCCAACUACGAGACGUCCGGCUCCGACUACCCCUGCCUAUGUGGAGCCAACGACUACUACACCACGCCCGACACCGAGAGCAACGACUCGCAGAGCAACAACUCCACGACCUACCACCACCACCACGCCACGAGCCACACCUGCUCCAACCACUCCACGCGCCACGCUACCACCAACCACCACUCCACGAGCAACUCCGGCUCCAACCACUCCACGUCCAAGACCCACCACGAGAGCACCACUUCCACCAUCACCACCACCUAGAACUACUAGACGUACCACUCAGGCGACGACGACUACACCGCGGCCAACGACGACGCCACGGCCAACGACUCCUAGAACUACGACUACUCCAAGACCAACCACCACAACCGCCGCUCCAACAACCACCACAGAAGCGCCAACCACCACUCCAGGCUACGAAGCUGUAGAGGAGCCGAAAUACGACGAAACCUUCGUCGGCCAGUACUAUUACGGACGUCGUGGAGAGGGCGGAAACAACACGUUCCCACUUCCAUCUUGCUUCUACAACCCAUCUGGCUAUGUCUGUUGUAAUCUUAUGCUCAAUGAGCUCAUGACGACUUCCUUCGAGGAGGUGAAGACUGUGACCAACUUGUGUAAUGUCCACAGAUUCGCCAUUAAACUUCAAAAACACUCGGAGAAGAUUUUCGAUACACAAUUCGAGACGAUUGUUUCCUAUGAAGACUUCUCGCAGAAGAUUCAUUUUAAGAAGGAUUUGGUUUGCAAGGUCGAGAUCGAGGGACGAUUCAUCUUGGCCUACGCCACACCGGAAGAUGUUGAGCAGGAGAAAAUCAUUCCAACUGUCCCAUCCAAGGAGAUUCAGAAAGAUUCGUUCAUUUUGAAGGAGGAGGUGAAGGCGAAGAUUCGGCAGAUUGAGAGAGAACUUUAG